GGCCUGUCCAUUGACUGGAUGCGACGUGCUGCAUCGAUGACCUGCCACACCUGCAUCUCAACAUGCAGCCGUGCUCACCUGCCGCGCUAUAUUGUAUCCUCUUUUGAGGCCACCUCAUCACACCUUUACCCUCGAGCCUUUCUCUCUUCCGCACUCAUGUUCGUCCUGGAAGAGCCCAAGUCGAGAAAACGACCACGGUCCUCGCACGAACCUGUGGAUCUCGAGCCGGAGCCGAUAGCAAAGAAACAAAAGUCUCUUUCGCAAAGCCGUGACCUCCCUCGCCAUCGUCCUCCCAGCUACUGGGACACGCUGUCCAGAAGACGAUUGAGUCGCGGCGCUCUCCGAGAGUUUGACCGCAGGAACAUUCAAGAGAAGGAGCUUGGGGCCCACGAACAGAAAGCUUUGGCUAUAGAUGAUUGCCGCAGUGUCACAGCCAUCAGCAAAACCAAGGAAGGCGGCUCCCCCGGCAUGAUGUUGAUGGUCUUCUACGCAUUUGGUAUUGAAUGCUGA